AUGAAAGACAUUUCAACGAACGACUCGAACCUGUUGGUCAUGGUCAUUGACACCAACCCAUUUGAAUGGGAGCACCCCUCAGCUCCACUGAAGCUCAACGAGGCCCUCCAGCAUAUCCUCGCCUUCAUGAACGCCCACCUUGCCGGGAGACACGACAACAAGUUAGCCGUCAUUGCCAGUCAUGUCGGCGUCAGGUACAACGGUAAAUUCCUUUAUCCAACACCAAACGAGCCGAUUCCAGGAGGCAAGGUUCCGACCAAGAAGGACGCUAAUGCGUAUCAGAGCUUCAAGGUUGUCAACGAAGCUGUCCUUGAAGGAGUCGAACGGUUACUUCGGGAUCCCAAACCGACAUUGGAAGAGAAGGAUUUGGGGUCGUCCAAAAUCGCAGCUUCGCUUUCACUCGGAUUGUGCUAUAUCAAUCAAACUCUCAAACUGGACGCGUUGGGACAUAUCAAGCCCAGGAUACUCGUCUUGACGGUCUCGCCAGACUCUUCUUCCGAUUACAUCCCCAUCAUGAACUGCAUCUUUUCCGCGCAGAAAGCAAAUAUCCCUAUCGAUGUGUGCAAAAUUUGGGGCGAGGAUGCAGUCUUCUUACAGCAAGCUGCGCACAUCACUGAGGGCAUCUACAUGCGUCCAAACGAUCCCCGUGGUCUCUUGCAGGUCUUGAUGUUCUCCUUCUUGCCGGAUAUGUUUGCAAGGAGCUACCUAUACCUGCCAGGACAAGAUCAAGUCGAUUUUCGUGCGGCGUGCUUCUGCCACAAGAAAAUUGUCGAUAUUGGUUUCGUGUGUUCUGUGUGCCUCUCAAUCUUCUGCAGCUUCUCUCCUGUUUGCUCAACGUGCAGAACGAAAUUCGCGUUCCAGCCUCUUCUCAAUCCUGCAAGAAGAUUGGGAGCAAAGGCUGGUGUCUCCAACCCUGGAUCGCCAAGGCCGAGCACUCCAACUACACCUUCGCAAUAG